AUGGGGAAGAAGAAGUCGAAGAACAACCAGGCCAAGAAGCAGGCGGCUCAGAAGCGGCAGAAGGCGCCACAAAAGCAGCAACAGUCCCUACAGAAACAGCAACAAGCAGCACAGAAGCAACAACAGGCUCUGCAGAAACAGCGCCAGCAGGUGAAGAAAGAGAACGAGGGCCAGCAGGCUCCGGUGUCCAAGAAGGGGAAGGGUCGCCGUAAACGACGUGAUUUUAAUGCGGUCUCGAAUGAAGACCAUAUACCCCGACAGCUAGACUAUGGCAGCGAUCACCACACAGAGCUUGUCUUCAACCCGUCGACCGUCAACAAUCGCGAGCUGGGAGAUGAAGACCUUACGCUGAUAGAUCCGCCAUCAGUCAAUGGGAACGACGAAAACGACACUCUUGUCGAGGAUGAAGUCUCCGCCUAUGGCGUUGACAUCUUCCUGAAGGCUUCUAAGCGCGUCAGGCGAGGUCGCCCGUCGCCAGCGAUUAUGUGUAGCCCGGUCCAGCCGCGGAAGGGCCUGUGGGAUCUCUAUACCGAGUAUCCUGAUGAAAAGCUGUCCGGAAUCGAGGCGGAGGUGCUGGAGUUGGCAGGCCAGGCAGCCAAGCAGGUCGUCCUCGAGGCUACCUACCACUUCCUACAGAAGUGCAUCCCGACAGCUGAGAGGGAGAAGAUCUGGGGUCAAGUCAUGAAGAAGACCAGUAAUGGUGCCUCGGACGAUGCCGUCACUUCCAUCCCCGUUCCACAUGGUGUUCUCGAUUCGAAGAACGGCACCCGUCAACUCCACCAGCUCAUGGCCAAUUGCAUCACCACCCUCUCUUCCUCCUUCACUACCGCAGACGCUACAUCUCUCCGACUCGUCUUCAACCGAUGCAUUACCCUCUGCAACGCUCUCGAUGACUUGAAUCGCCAAGCCGCUCUUGAGAAGGCCCUGCACGCCCUCGACUGGCUGAUUCUCGGACUGGAUGUUAAGACAACCCACGCAUUCCGCAACCUGAACGAGGUAUUGGACACCAUUGACUGGGGUUUCUUGAAGAAGCCCGGUACGGAUGCGCGCCUUAAGCGAAGUCGCUUUGAGCGUCGCAUCUUACGGAAUCACAAGAAAUUGUGGGAGAAUACGAAGGCGCCGUUGAGGAUGAAGUUUCUCGAGGCGCUGCAGGAGCUGGUGCGGCAAAUGUCGCAAAUCAACUGA